GAGUCCUGUGGAUCCUGAGCGGCUCCUGGCUGGGAAAGAGGGCGAGUGGGCGGCUCAGGACUCUGCACGCUGGGCUGCGACAAGUGAGCAGAACUCGACUUCUCCCAAGUCACCUGCGCGGGUGAACUCUAAGCCGGGCGCCUGGGUUGACGCUGAAUCUCUUUCUCCAGCCGAGGAGUUCACAGGCGGCUGGCUUUCUGCCCUUGCGAGGAAAGAUGCCUGGGAGGGGAGUAGGAUUACAGGCUGGGAUGCUAGGUGCACAGCAGAGAGUCGGAGUGCUUUGGUUCUGUUCUCCCCAAAGUCCUGACAAGUGUUCCUGAAAUGAACACCCUGCUUGAUUUUUAAAUUUUUUUACUUUUAAUUAAUUUUAAUUUUAUUGUGGUGUGUGGCUAUCACUGAUCUAGGAACCAAGUAGCACAAUGUGGCUGGAGUAAAAAAAAAAAAAAAAUUGUUUUUUUAACCCUUCAUUUUCCUUUUCUUUGUCAUUGAGUGACAGAGACACAAUCUUUUUGCAUAAAGCCGUCCGUGCCUGACUCUCACCGUUGUCUGAGUAAGUGGGAAGGAGCAGACUUAUGGAAAGGACCCGGACCAAUUUUUAAAAAAGAAGCUUUUUGUCUGCUGGGCUGUCCUUUGUCUAGAGUGGAUUUUGAUGUGAAAGAAGAUGAAAAAGGAAGGCUCUUCAGGUUCCUUCAGACUCAAGUCAAACCCAGGCUCCCUCUCACGUGCUGUGAGUUGGAUAAAUUUCUCCUCCCUGUCCAGGCAGACAAAGAGGCUGUUUCGCAGUGACGGGGAGCUCUCCGUGUGUGGGCAGCAGGUGGAGGCGGAUGAUAACUGGAUAUACAGAGCCCAGCCCAGGAAAGCGGUUUCCAACCUAGAUGAGGAGAGCAGAUGGACAGUCCACUACACUGCUCCCUGGCACCAGCAGGAGAACGUGUUCCUUCCCGCCACGAGGCCCCCCUGCGUGGAGGACCUGCACCGCCAAGCCAAGCUCAACCUCAAAUCAGUGCUGAGGGAGUGUGAUAAGCUGCGGCGGGAUGGCUACCGGAGCUCUCAGUACUACUCCCAGGGACCCACCUUCGCCAGCGCCGGCCCACCCAGCGAGGAGUAUCAAGAUGAGGAUGAUGAAACCGAUCAGAAGGGUUCUAUCUCCUCCUUGGAAGAGGAAAGACAUAUUUCCAUCAGGAGACCUAAAACGCCAACCUCAAGUGACUUCCCUGACCUUAAUUCUCAGACGAACUGGGCCCAGUCUCUUCCCUUGCCAACACCAGAAGAGAAGAUGCGACUGCACGCCCAGACAGUCCAGGCUGAUGUGGUUCCUAUUAACAUAACCGGGGAGAAUUUCGAUCGUCAGGCCAGCCUACGGCGGUCUCUAAUUUACACAGACACUCUGGUAAGACGACCGAAGAAAGUCAAAAGGAGAAAGACUAUUACAGGAGUCCCUGACAACAUACAGAAGGAGCUAGCCUCUGGCACCAGCCAGGAUGGUGUUGGUGGUCACUCGGUGUACGCCCCCGAGCACUGCUCCACACUAGGAAGGCUUGGCGGCUGCCGGCUUGCGGGGCAGCGCUCGGAAACCCGGGACUCCAGCUGUCAGACGGAGGAGGUGAAGGUCGUGCCGCCUUCCAUGCGGAGAAUCAGGGCCCAGAAGGGGCAGGGCAUCGCCGCCCAGAUGAGCCACUUCUCAGGCUCCUCCGGGAACAUGUCCGUGCUGAGCGAUUCUGCGGGCAUCGUGUUCCCCUCUCGCCUCAACACCGAUGCGGGUUUCCACAGCCUCCCCCGAUCCGGAGCGAGGGCCAGCAUUCAGUUCCUGGAGCCCCGGCCGGGCGCCCCGGGCCCUGUGCAAGACCUGGAUGGCACGUUCCAAAACCCAGGGCAGUUAGGAGGUGCCUCAAGGACCGGAACGCUCUUUAGGCCCAAGUCUCAGGAGCUGAGGCACUUUGAGAGUGAAAACAGAGCAAGCCCAGCGUGCGUGGUGUCUCCCCACGGGACGUACAGCACCAGCGUCAUCCCCAACGCCACCCUCUCCUCCUCCUCAGAGGUUAUUGCUAUUCAGACUGCUCAGAGUUUGGGGCAGCUGGACAGUAGAAAGACCAGCUCCUCUUCCCACACAAAGGUGAGAUCCAGAGACCACCUGCUGCCCAGGCACUCUGUUGAAGGUGACCGCCCAUCUCCCGGUGGUACCUGGAGUGAGGGCCCCUCCACCAUCGUCUCGCAGGCUUUUGACCCCCACCCGCCCAGGGCAGCCACGCUUCUGGCCCUCUGUGACUCGGCAGUCUCCCUCAACACACCAGCAAACCAGGAGAACGGGUCCCAAGCCAUGGCCUAUACCUGUAGAAGGAACCCGAACUUCCCAGCCCACCCCCAGGACGUGGACGGCAAGAGCGAGCCCAGUUACUCGGGAGGCGGGGGGCAUGGUGAUGGGGAGCCCUGGGAAUACAGUGCCUCGGGGAGCGGGCGGGCAUCCCCCCUGAAGCCUCACGUGGCGACUCCUGGUUGCUCCACUCCUGGAAGUAACAUGAGCAGCUGCAGCUUGGACCACACGUGCCACAGAGAGGGCGCCAGGUCUCUGUAUUCAGAGGACCAUGAUGGCUACUACGCAGUGCACCCCGAUGCUGGGCCCGGGAGUCUGUGCAGCAGCAACAGCAGCAAUGGCUUUGGGAACCCCAGGCACAGCGUGGUCAAUGUUUUUGAUGGAAGAGCUCCGAAAAACCAGGGGGACAAAUCCCAUUCUCGAAACAUCUCCUUGAAGAAAGCAAAGAAGCCGCCCCUGCCCCCCUCUCGGACGGACUCGCUGCGCAGGGUCCCCAAGAAGAUCGGCCAGGCCAACGGGCAGGUGCUCAACGAGAGCCUGAUCGCCUCCCUCCAGCACUCGCUGCAGCUGAGCCUCCGGGGCCAGGGCGGCCUGUCGCCCUCGCAGAGCCCCUGCAGCGACCUGGAGGAGCCGUGGCUGCCGCGCUCCCGCAGCCAGAGCACCGUCAGCGGGGGCAGCAGCCUGGCUUCCGCCACCGCGCCCCACGGCUGCGCGCCGGGCGGGGUCACCCCGUCCCAGAGCGACACGAGCAGCGUCAAGUCCGAGUACACAGACCCGUGGGGCUACUACAUCGACUACACGGGCCUGCAGGACGACCCUGCGAGCCCCGGCGGGGGCCGUGCGGCUGGCAGCGGGGCGCCACCUGGCAACGGGCCGGGCCACCACGUCCCGGAGGGGUGCAGGGCCGCCGCGCCCCACCUGCCCGGCGGCUCCGUCAAACCAAAGACCACAUCGCCCGAGAAGGCCCACCGAGUCACCUCCCCGUCCAGCGGGUAUUCCAGCCAGUCCAACACGCCCACCGCGCUCACCCCCGUGCCUGUGUUUUUAAAGUCCAUGUCACCCGCCAAUGGGAAGGGCAAGCCCAAGCCCAAGGUUCCAGAGAGGAAGUCCUCCCUGGUGUCUUCGCUCUCCAUCUCCUCGUCGUCCACGUCCCUGUCCUCUAAUACGUCCACGGAGGGAGGCGGGACGGUGAAGAGGCUGGACUCGGCGCCGGCCUCUCUGCCUGCUGCCCCUUCUCUCCCCUCUCCUUCAUCUCCAUGUCCUGCGGACAAGUCUCCUUUCCUCCCUCCUCCGCCGCCUUCAGCAGACUCCCCCGAGGGCCCUCUGCCUCCGUCUCCCCUGUUCCCCCCUCCGCCCCCAGAGGUUCUCACUCCCUUCUGUUCUCCGCCCAAUGCAGGCUUUCCUCCUCCCCCCACCGCCCGGAGCCCCCUUCUGGACUCACCUGCCCCGGUGCUACCCCCUCCACCGUCUUUACCCCCCUCGGCCCCUCCUCCUGCCCCGCCACUCGACCCCAAAUUGAUGAAAGAUGCCAGGCCUUCAUUCAAAAAAUCUAGCCAGCCAACCUCCCCCCAGGAGGCCUGCAGACCGCCGGGGACCACGGAGGAGGGCGGCAGGCCUCCCCUGCCCCUGAUCACCGCCGAGGCCCUGCAGACGGUGCAGCUCAGGCCGGUGAGAAGGAACUCAGGAACCCAGGGAGCACCGCUAUCUGAACCAGCAUCUCAGGAAAAACGAACUCCGCCGGUGCCCCAGUAUCAUUUAAAGCCAUCUGCCUUGCUGAAAUCCCGAAAUAGCAUAAAUGAAAUGGAGAGUGAAAGCCAGCCUGCCUCCGUGACAAGCCCGCUUCCGACUCCUGCCAAGAUCAUGAGUCAGGGUCACUGGGACGGUGCAGCCGAGCGUGGCCGCCCGAGCCGCAGCCCGGGCAGUGCCGGGGAGGCGGAGGCCGGGCCGGGCCCCGGGACCGCCCCGCUCCAGAGGGCCCCCGGACCUUCGCCCAGCAAGAAGCCACCCCCCAUUUCCAAGAAGCCCAAACUGUUCCUGGUGGUGCCACCUCCGCAGAGAGAUUUCACAGUGGAGCCAGCAGAGAACGUGAGUGGAGCGGUGCCCAGCCCCACGAGGGGAGAGGCCAACGAGACUGGUGCAGCCCCGGCUGGUUCUGAUGAGACCGACUCCUCCGGCAGCUCGGUUCUUGAGGGAGGAGCUGCAGGAUCCACGUCCCCAGACAGAAGGGAAGCCAAUGUCCCCAUGGUGCAGCCCAGUGCCUCGCCAGCCCCCAGGCAGGAGGAGCCAGGCACCGAGAACAGCGUGGACCACGGGGGCCAUGCGGAGGAGCGCUGCCCGGCUCUGCAGGACCCAGGGCCCCGGGUGCCGGAGUCCGACGUGGCUGGCUCUUCCCCAGAGGUCUUUGACUUCCUUAAGGAAGAAGGGAGUGAUGAGGUGAUGACCCCCAGUAGACCCCGGACCACAGAAGACCUCUUCGCAGCUAUUCACAGAUCCAAGAGGAAAGUCCUUGGCCGUAAAGAUUCAGAGGACGAUCACACUAGAAACCAUUCUCCCUCCCCGCCAGUGACACCCACCGGUGCUGCCCCCAGCCUGGCCUCCCCAAAGCAGGUGGGAUCGAUUCAGAGAAGUGUCCGCAAGAGCAGCACCAGCAGUGACAACUUCAAAGCUCUGCUGCUGAAAAAGGGGAGUCGGUCAGACACCAGUGCCCGCAUGUCCGCAGCCGAGAUGCUCAAGAACACAGACCCUAGGUUCCAGAGGUCAAGGUCGGAGCCCGCGCCAGACGCUCCCGACAGCCCGUCCAGCUGUUCCCCAAGCAAGAACAGAAGGGCCCAGGAGGAGUGGGCCAGGAACGAAGGCUUGAUGCCUCGGAGUCUGUCCUUUUCCGGCCCCAGGUACGGCCGCAGUCGAACCCCACCUUCCGCAGCCAGCAGCAGGUACAGCCUGCGGAACCGGAUCCAGAGCAGCCCCAUGACCGUCAUCUCGGAAGGCGAAGGGGAGGCCACGGAGCCUGUGGACACCAGGGCUCGCCGUGUCCUGGGCGCUGCAAGGGGCUGUUCCCUGGACGGACUGGUGGGGGAUGACAUGGAUGGGGGCGGCCUGCCAUGUGGCCCCGCAGAUGGGACAACCAGUGCCCAGGGCAGGGGCCCAUCGGAAGAGUGCGGGGGUCCUCUGAGGGAAGCAAGUUAGGGGCAAGGAUGGAUCUCCCAGGUGACGUGGGGGAGAUGCACAACCCAUCGCUCUAGGGAGCCCGAGGAACCCUUCCCUGUCUGCCCAGGGAUCCCACCCGUGUGUGUGCUGUGGACCCGGGCACUGCCAUGCCUGCAGUGGAUGCGGGUCACUUAGGACUCACUUGGCACUCGCCCUGUGGCUUAAAAGCAAGUAGAAGCUUAACUUCUGAAAGUGCUUCCUGGGGAAGAUUUUUCUUUUUUUUUUUGUUGUUAAAUGUUGGGUGUGUGUGAAUAGGUGUGUAUGUGUGCAUUUUGAACACUUUUUAUGUUUAAGAAAAAUACACAGACACACAACAUGUGCAGUUAUAUGAGGAGAAAAAGACACAGGUAGAGUAAUGGAAGCUUCUGGACUAGGUGGCAAUGCUUUGAAAGUAUGUGUGGAAAUGAGUGCGUUCCAGAAGGGAGAGGACCAUGACUUUAAGAACGAGGUGGUAGAUUUGCUGGUUCUGAGUGCACAGAACGCAUGGGUAUAUGCACAGGUGUGCUUUCAUGGCUAACCCGAAAGGUGGGGAAAGGGCUAAGUGACUAAUGGGUUCAGGUACUUUUUUCUGGGGGAAAAAAGGCUUUGUUUCUUUUUUGUAAAAAUGACAAACAUGUGGAAGGGACAACGCUGUAGUCGGAGCCUGCUGCCGUGCAGCCACAGACACAACUCUCAGCCCGAUUGUUAGAAACGUGGGUAAUUUUUUAAUGAAUUUCCUCCUUUAUAGCGGGGACCUUCGAGAACUGAAAUGAGGGUGUGCACAUGCAGAGAGGGUGAGAGAAGGCAGAGGAGCGAGUGAUACACUGCUGCAAUUUGUUUCCUGCUUAUAAAAUAAACUUAUUUUUCAGAAUGAAAUUUGAAAACUUGCACUACAGAACUGUGGGUGGAGCUUUUCCUUGUACAACUGUUUUUACCAGAGUUUAAACCUCCAUUUGGCAAUUUCUUAUCACUUGAAACGUCAACAUUUGCUAACUUUUGGAUAUCCUUUUGGUUACACCAAAGAAAAAGUUAUGGCUAUUUUUCCUUGAACUGCCUGCAGUAUCAUAUCCUCACUGAGAAAGGUUUAUCGAAAUCUAUUAUAUAUUAUCUUACUUUGACGAAAAUGCUGAAUAGCUCUUGUUAGUCUAAUAAACUGAUAAAAAUUGGUAGGGCUUGGCAAUGAAUUAGCCCUGGGAAAUGAGUUUUUAGAUUAAAAAGAUUUUUUUUUGCAUCACGUGGUUUGUGUGUUUUUAUAUUUUUUAUAAAUAAUUGAGUUAGGUAAUUACCUUCCAAGCUUCUUCAGUUAGAAUGUUAACACUUUUGGACAUGGGAAAACGUGUGUAAAGUAUUUAUUUUUAUGUCAUGUUCUUGUGACCCCUCCCUCCCCACGCCCUCCUGACUGCCAUGUACUUUAUUUGUUGGUGAAAUAAAAUCGGAGUCUUGUCUUCUUCAUUGGAGGGACCUAAGGUGGCAACGCUGAGAUGCUUGGAUUACAUAUAAGACAGCUGCCUAAUGUCAUCUUCCCUGAUGUGAAAAUAUCAUCUCAGAGUUGGACCGCACAGGCCAAAUCAUCAUAAUGUUCAGAUACCCACUUUAGACACAUCUUUGAGACAAAAAAAAAACACACACACAAGAAAACCAACCCUAAAGAAUUAAGGCUCCUUCCAUUCUCUGAAAAAAACAAAAAACACUUUGUUUCACACAACAGAAAUCAAGACCCGACAUUUGGCCAAAAGCAAAGGAAUUUUUUACCUGUUGGAGCAAUUGUCUACUACAUUGGGAACAAGGACUUUUUUUCUUCUUAAUUUUAGAAAAGUAGUGUUGGCUUUUGGAUAUGAAAUCUCAUAGAUACCUAGAAAAGAUUAGAAUGUACAUGGCUAUCAGAGAACUUUAACUUAAUAUACAAAUCAAAUAUGUUGAGGAUAAGAUAAGCAAUGUCAACACUAAUUAUAAAACUAUUUU